AUGUCUAGCAAUAUUUCUAAUGAAGCUGAAGAGAUAGUAUCUCAGGCUAAUGAUCAGGCACAAAAAGGCCAUUCUUCAAAGUCCGGAAAGAAAUCUACUCCGAAAAAGCCUUCUAAAAAAACUGAGGCACAUAUUGAAGGUGCCUCUCAGCUUGGUAUCGAGGUUCGAAAAGAAGUAGACUUUUCUCUCUGGUAUAAGCAGGUAUUGAGACGUUCUGAAAUGUUAGAAUAUUAUGAAGAAGUUUCUGGAUGUUAUAUCAUAAGGCCUUUAGCUUAUAAUAUAUGGCAAGAAAUUCAGAAUUUUUUUGAUGCCGCCAUUAAAGAGUUGGGAGUCGAAAAUACUUAUUUUCCGAUGUUUGUGUCACAGCGACAAUUAGAAAGAGAAAAGGAUCAUGUUGAAGGAUUUGCCCCUGAGGUCGCUUGGGUCACCAAAGCGGGAUCCAACAAUAUGGAAAGUCCUAUUGCGAUUCGCCCAACUUCCGAAACAGUAAUGUAUCCAUAUUUCGCCAAAUGGAUUAGAACUCAUCGUGAUUUACCAUUAAAACUUAAUCAAUGGUGUAAUGUUGUUCGAUGGGAAUUCAAAAAUCCGCAACCUUUUAUUAGAACACGUGAAUUUUUGUGGCAAGAAGGUCAUACUGCACAUUUUACUAAAGAAGAAGCUGAUACUGAAGUAUAUCAAAUUCUAGAACUUUAUCGUCAAGUGUAUGAGGAUAUGCUUGCGUUUCCUGUAAUUAAAGGAAUUAAAUCUGAAAAGGAAAAAUUUGCUGGUGGACUUUAUACUACCACUCUUGAAGGUUUUAUUCCAACCACAGGUCGUGGAGUUCAGGCCGCUACCUCUCAUUGUUUAGGUCAAAAUUUUUCGAAAAUGUUUGAUAUUGUGAUUGAAGAUCCUAAUGCUCCAGCAGGUCCUGAUGGUAAAGAUGCCAAGAAAAUGUAUGUUUGGCAAAAUUCUUGGGGUAUUAGCACUCGUGCUAUUGUUAUUGUCAUUCCAUGUGGUAUAACAUCAAAGACCACGGAAGAUGAGAAAAAACGUGUUGAAGACAAAAUAAAUCAUGUAGUUAAAGAGUUGAAAUCAGCUGAGAUCAAAGCUAAAUCAGAUCUAAGAGAGAAUUAUUCACCAGGUUAUAAGUUUAAUCACUGGGAAUUGAAAGGUGUUCCGAUUCGUCUGGAAAUAGGUCCACGCGACUUAUCAAAGGAGCAAACACUUAUGAUUCGCCGUGAUAAUGGCGUUAAAGAACCUAUUCCUUUAGCAGAUCUCACUUCACGAAUCUCUGAUACUCUUAAAUGUAUUCAAAAAGAUAUGUUCGAUCGCGCCAAAAAAGUUUAUGAUGAUCAUGUAAAAUUAGUUUUAAAUUGGGAUGACUUUGUUCCAAACUUGGACAAUAAAAAUUUCGUUCUUACUCCUUGGUGCGAAGAAGAAAAAUGUGAAGAUAGCAUAAAAGAAAAAAGUACCAGACACACCACUGAACAAGAAGCUGAAGAUGAAAAGGCUCCAUCAAUGGGUGCCAAAUCUCUAUGCAUUCCUCUUGAGCAACCUAAUGAUCCUCCAAUUAUUCCUGGUGAAACAAAGUGUGUUUCUUGUGGUGCAUUAGCUAAAAGAUAUGCAUUAUUUGGCAGAAGUUACUAA